AUGGCUAUGCUUCCGAACGGAGUCACAAAUGGUGCAAUGGGGCUCUCUGAAGUUGAAGAAGAGGUCUUGUUGAAGCAAUCGCUACCCCUCAUCUCGGAUAACAUGGUAGAGUGUUACGAUCGAAAUUUCUUGACAGAAAUGGUCAAAAUGGAUAUACGCUGGGACAAAAUUCCGGACGAAAGUGAUAUCAUAGCCAUGCGAGAGUGGAGCCAAGUCGGAUAUCACGAAUACAACCGCGUGCCGCAGUGCAAAGCGACUCGUAGUUCCGUGCCCGUCGAAACUCAGAGUGUUCCAGUUCAAUAUGGCGAAGAUGGAAAGUUCAACAUACGAAUCUAUGAUCCCAUAGAUAGUCAAGCGAAGAAUCUACGACCCGCGUUGGUCAUGUUUCAUGGAGGUGGCUGGGUUCAGGGCAGUCCAACGAGUGACGAAGAUCUAGCUACUUUCUUCGCUAGCGACCUCAGGACGGUGGUGUUCGGCAUCGAUUAUCGUCUCGCUCCGGAACACAAUCUACGGGUAAUCCAUGAAGAUUGCUACCAAGCGUUGAAUUGGGUCGUAACAAACUGCCCCCGGUAUCGGGCAGAUUCUUCACGCCUUGGGCUCUGGGGAUGUUCAGCUGGCGGCCACUUAGCGGCCACUGUGGCUAUGAGGGACGCGCAGGAGUAUAAGCCUUCUCGCAUCCGCCAAGUUAAUCUCACUGUCCCAGCAACUUGUCAUUUCCAAGCAAUGACUGGCCCGCUAUUGGAAACAUUCCUUCUCAAGCACGGCCAGAAUAACCAGCAGCACUUCCAACAAUCCAUGAUCAACAUUCUAAAACACCUCUACGGCAAGUUCACGAUGAAGCUAGCUAUCCUCCGGCGUACGCUGACCAGCUCGAACCUUAGGUCUCGCAGCUCCCCCGCCGAUUGUUCCGAAUGA